AUGAAUAGUCAAGAGAAUGUUGCUGGGGUGAAAACGAGGUCUAUGAAAGUGUGCGAUAAUAUGGUAGAAAUUACUGCAAAACGAGUUUACUGUCAUAUUUCGAAAGCAAAGAAGACUUAAUUGGUUCAAACUGUACUGAAAUAGAAAUGCAAAAUUAAGAAAAUAGCCAAAGACCUGAAUAUUAACUAUGCUACUGCUAAAACUAUACUACAUUGUUAUAAGAAAAAGGAAAUUAAUUUGAACGAUGACUCAUAGUAAAAAAGGGCUAGUUAUAGUUCUAUAAAGAAUGACCCUAAAUUAUAUGUCUAAAUUAGGCAAGGGGAAAAAAUAAUAAACCACUAUGAGUAUUUCGAUGUAAUCAAAAGACACUAAUGA